UUCACAUUGGUGCUACCUAUAACCUGUUGGAUUCGAUUUGAACAGCGCCUGUUCGGUGAUCAGAAUCUGCCAGCAUGUGGAAUCAUUCACCACCCCAACAUCAAUCUUUUCAACACCUUCCCUCAGGAAAUCGCUCAUCUGUCUUGAGCGACUCCACCUCCACAUCAUCACACCAUUCACCAUCCAACACAUACCCACCGGCCAUGGCCUACAGCACGCAGAACACCCAGAACACCCAGAACACCCAGCACCAUCCUCAGUACAUUCACGCCAUGUCCCCUCCACCCCACCCAUCCCACAUCCCCUCAUUGACCACCAUCCUCAUCAACAAUUCUCCUGGUCAACUUCAAGCAGCCACUCAACACCCGUUCCUCCGCCUCGCAGGACUGGGCCAACUUCCCAAGCACAUCCUAUCGCGCUGGCUGUCUCAGGAUCGUCUCUAUGCGCAAGCUUACAUCGGCUUCAUCGGCAGUCUGAUUGCCCGCAUUAUUCUGCCUCAUCCUUACGUGCACGACCAAUCUACCAGUCUUCGCUGGCGAAUUGUCAAUAUGCUCAGCUCAGCAAUGACCAACAUUCACCGCGAACUCAAUUUCUUUUCGACCACUGCUCGUAAAUAUGGCUUGGAUCUCGAAAUGCCGGCUCCUAAUAGCCCCGCCUUCGAGGCUGAUUCCGCCACCAUGCAGUACAUUGAACUAUUUCGCGCCUUCGGCAGCGAUCCAAGCAUGUCACUACUCGAAGGCAUGGUAGUGCUGUGGGCCACCGAGACUGUCUACUUACGCGCCUGGACCUAUGCCGCUAGUUUUGGCACUGCACCCUCGACGUCCGAAAAACAUGCCAUCAACAAACCCAUCGCAAACACCAACAACGAAUCCCCAACUCCAGCCACACCGUUCUCAGCGGCCUCCUAUUCCUCCAACGUCGACUCCGAAGGCCCCAUACCAGUCCACACAGACUAUCCAAGCUCGCUGUCCUCCUCGAAUCGUGGAUCAAAACACAUCGGUGGGGAUCUCGAUGGUGGUGCCCUUCGUAACGAGUUCAUUCCCAAUUGGACGAGCCCGGAGUUCGUCGAGUUUGUCCGCGAGAUUGCCGACCUGACCGAUCUUCUUGCCCAACGCGAAGAUGCCGUGGUCCGCAAGCUCGAGGUCUAUAAAGCUGUUUGGAGACAUAUCCUCGACAUUGAGAGUCGCUUUUGGCCAUCUGUCGACCAUCUAUGAAUGAGUUCACAUGUGGAGGCUCUGGGUUUAUUUCAAUUAUUCUCCCCAGUAGAGUAGGGCAAGUAGGAUGUUGAAAGGGAGCGUUCAAUUCGGCCGACUUUUGGUAUUGAACAUGGAAUGUCACGUGUUUCAAGCAGGCCAGUAGGAUACAUUUGUCUGCAGCUGUUGCUACUUAACAUUUGUCUUGGUAGCUAUUCCCAGA